AUGGAUGGUAAUAUUACAGAGCAGUAUAUGGAGCAAGACGAAGAUCAGGGCAUUGAGGAUGAUGAUGAGUUUUUCAACGCAUUGGAUAUGUCAGAUGGUAAUUAUAUUCAUAAAUCUGUGGACAAUUUGCAUAACAUAACUUUGAUGCUUAUUUUCAAAAUUAUAAGUGAAUAUCUUAUCGUUGAAGUAACCAGUCAUGUAAAAGCCACACUCACUUUGAUCACAAAGUUAAUAUGUGAUGAUAUGACUGCCUAUCCUUUGGUGAUUGCUCUUGGUCAUAACCUUAGCUGGAGGUCUAUACCAGUAGCAGUUAAGAAAGAAAUGUGUACUUCACCAGACAUCUUGGAAACUGAGCAUAAACUGCAAGAGUUGCUUUUCUCUGGAGACAUUUCCAUGGAAGAUUGCAGUCUUAUAAGUAAUCAAAAUGCAAUGGGAUUGAAUAGGAUAAUAUACUUUAAAAACAUAGAAGAUCAAAUGUUUUAA